GUUUCCGCCACAUAAUAAGGAAAGUUGGAAGAGAAGAAGGCGUAUGCUCUGCAGCCGGAGCUCGGAGAGAAACAUCGUGCCGCCGAGCUUCCGUUGCUUUAAUACCGCUCUUUGAUCAGGAGGAUUACCACUGAAAUUGAGAUCAAAGUUUUGCGCCUGAGUAUCAUCUGCUUCCAGUUCUGCUGUUUCGUUCUUCCUCCCUUUCACUUCUUCCACGUUUCCGCUGAUCGGAGUUCCCUCAGAACUUCUCGUUUCCAUGUCUAAAAGGAUGUUGUGCAAGUUCUUUGCCCAUGGGGCAUGCUUGAAAGGGGAGCAUUGUGAAUAUUCCCAUGGCUGGAAAGAUCCUUCAAGCAAUAUUUGCACCUAUUAUCAGAAAGGGAAAUGCUAUUAUGGGAGUCGUUGCCGAUAUGAACAUGUUAAAGCUUCCAGGCCACAUUGUGCUGCUUCUUCUUCAGAGCUCUCCCCUGGCAGCAGACCUUUCGUUCCAUCCAAUCAUCCACCAUGGCAUUUGGAAUCUGCGGAGAAUGAGUUCGUUGAAACUGAUGUUGCCGUAGAGCUGCAAAAUUUGGAACCAUCAGAUCGUCCGCUUUGUUCUUAUGCUGCCGCUGGAAAUUGCCCUAGAGGAGACCAGUGUCCACAUAUCCAUGGCGACUUGUGCCCCACCUGUGGGAAGCCUUGUUUGCAUCCUUUCAGGCCUGAAGAAAGAGAGGAGCAUAUGAGGACAUGUGAGAAGAUGCAAAAGCACCUUGAUGCAUUGAAGCGCAGCCAAGAAAUAGAAUGUUGUGUGUGCUUGGAUAAAGUGCUGUUGAAGCCGGCGGCAGCACAAAGAAAGUUUGGUGUACUGUCUGAUUGUGAUCAUCCAUUCUGCAUAGGUUGUAUUAGGAAUUGGAGAAGCAGCUCGCCAACCUCUGGAGUGGAACCUAGUUCUAUGUCGAGGACGUGCCCAGUAUGUCGCAAGCUAUCCUAUUUUGUGGUUCCCAGUGUGAUCUGGUAUUUCUCCCAAGAAGAGAAGAUGGAAAUCAUUGAGAACUACAAGACAAAGCUUAGGUUCAAUCGAUUGCAAACACUUCAAGUUUGGAAAUGGAAACUGCCCAUUUGGCUCCAGUUGCUUUUACAAGCAUCAUGUCAAGCCUGGCUCUUAUGUGUGGAAACAUCACAAACCACCUCCACGGAGGCCUUUUCCCCGCAACAUCAAUGCUGUGGAUUUUCCGGCAUUGUAUAUGCAGAGAAUGGUGGAUGAUGAUGAUGAAGAUGAUGCGUGGGAUCCGGAAUUCCUUGAUUAUGAUGACUUCUGUGAUCCGUUUAAUAUGGAGUAUCUCGAUCCUGAAGAUUUUAACUUUUCGGAUGAUGAGGAUAGCUUGUCACCUUUCCAAAUGGCUUUAUUACUAGGCGACCUCGAUUCUGGAACCCCUGACUAUUCUAGUGACGAGUAGAGCUGUUAAGCUAUCUAUUAGGGAUGCCGUGCACGUUUUCAGUCGUUUGGAAUUUCGUUAGCGCAGCAGGAGUGAAGAUUCUGGCUGUUAAAACGAUCAAGUAUCGAGGCUCUGUGAACAUUUGACAGAGUUCUUCCAUUUUGUUAACUCACUGUGCUCAUACAUUUUUCUGAUAGUUAUACUGCCCUAAUGGUAAUUUGGAGACUGAAUUUUUCUUCAUUGAUUUGUGAGUGUGCAAUGUGCAUGCUUUCUACCAUAACAGCAAUAUACUUACCUGUGGUAGAAAACAGAAGCCGCCUCCUUCUGCGUGGCCAAACUGUCAAAUCCUAUGUUAAAUUAAAAUUAAAAUU